UUCUGUGUUCGUGAAACAUCCUCCUUUCUGUUUUCCAAUAAAAAACAUGAUGAGAACUAGAGUUAUUUGCUUCUUAUUAUUGGGGUUUAUAACAAAAUCCUUUUCACUAGACAUGAUUACACCAAGUUUAUCCAUGAAAGAUGGUGAUACUUUGGUUUCAGCUGGUGGAACUUUUGAACUUGGAUUCUUCAGCCCCGGAGACUCAAGUGGUCGAUACCUGGGAAUAUGGUACAAGCAAUCUCCUCAAUACUCAUGGGUUGCCAACCGGAACAAACGAAUCAACAGCAACUCAUCAGUGUUGGAAAUCAACAACCAAGGAGUUCUUGUACUGCACAAUGGCUCAAACAACACAUUCUGGUCCUCCAAAGUGUCGAAAGCAGCAGAGAAUCCGGUUGCACAGCUCUUAGACUCGGGAAAUCUUGUUGUGAGAGAUGGAAAUGGUGGUAAAAUGGAGAAUCUCUUAUGGCAAAGUUUUGAUUAUCCUUGUGAUACUUUGUUGCCAGGAAUGAAGCUUGGAUGGAAUCUAGAGACAGGACUAAAUAGGUUCCUAACUUGUUGGAAAAGUACAGACGAUCCUGAUUCCGGAGACUACUCGUUUAAAAUGGAUCUUAGAGGUUAUCCACAAGCAGUUCAAUUGAAGGGAGAUUCUAUAAUGAGCAGGGCAGGUUCAUGGAAUGGACUUAGCUUCACAGCACUUCCAUAUCAUAAGCAAAGUCCAGUAUUUAAAUCUGAGUUUGUUUUGAAUGAAAAGGAAAUAUUCUAUGAGUUCCAAGUCCUUGACAAUUCUACUUUUUUUAGAUACGUCAUGACAUCUUCGGGGAAUCGGCAGCUUUUGCAUUGGACAAGUGAAACCAAUGUCUGGGAGACUCUCAUAACUAUACCAUCAGCUCGGUGCGACAAUUAUGCAUUAUGUGGCGAGAAUUCUGUUUGCAAUUCAGUGAACACUCCAGAUUGUGCUUGCCUGGAAGGAUUUGCACCAAAGAUUCAAAGAGAGUGGGAUAUGUCAUAUUGGUCUAAUGGUUGUGUUAGGAUCACCCCAUUAAGUUGUAGCAAAGAUGGGUUCAUGAAGUACACAGGGAUUGUUCUUCCUGACACGUCUUCAUCUAGGUAUAAUAAGACCAUUGACCUUCAAGAAUGUGAGAGCUUAUGUCUGCAAAACUGUUCCUGUACAGCAUAUGCAAAUUUGGAUAAGCGCGACGGAGGAAGUGGCUGCUUACUUUGGUUCAGUGAUCUGAUUGAUAUGAGGCAAUCAUAUGAAGGUGGCCAAGAUAUUUAUAUUCGAGUUCCUUCUUCGGAGCUAGAACAUAACAAGAAGAUUUUCAAAAAGAAGCUUGUAGGCAUCAUUACUGGCUCUGCUGUAUUCAUGAUAUGCUUAAUACUUGGACUUGCCAUAUGUUUAUGGAAAAAUAAAUUUGAGAAGCCAGCAGGGAUGUCGAAAGUGGGUUUCUGGAAAGAACUAUUAUGCAGAAGGGUGGAGGAGGACAGUGAUAUUCCAACAUUUGAUUUAUCAACCAUAUUUUAUGCCACAAAUUGCUUUUCUAGCUACAACAAAUUAGGAGCAGGUGGCUUCGGACUUGUGUACAAGGGUGUGCUUGCUGAUGGCACUGAGAUCGCUGUCAAGAGGCUUUCGAAGAAUUCUGAGCAAGGACAGCAAGAGUUCAAAACUGAAGUGCAGUUAAUUGCUAAACUUCAGCAUCGCAAUCUUGUAAAGCUUCUCGGUUGUUGCAUUAAACAAAAAGAGAAACUCUUGAUUUACGAGUUCAUGCCAAACAGAAGUUUGGACCACUUUAUUUUUGAUGAUGGUAGAAGAAAAUUAUUAGAUUGGACUAAGCGCUUCCAAAUCAUUAGUGGGAUAGCUCGAGGCCUACUUUAUCUACAUCAUGACUCAAGGCUAAGAAUCAUCCACAGAGAUCUUAAAACAAGCAACAUUCUUCUUGACAAUGAUAUGAAUCCAAAAAUAUCAGACUUUGGUCUCGCAAGGACAUUUGGUGGAGAUCAAACCGAGGCCUGCACAAAGAGAGUGAUGGGAACUCAUGGUUAUAUCUCUCCUGAGUACGCAAUGCAUGGCUCUUUCUCGAUGAAAUCUGAUGUGUUUAGCUUUGGCGUAAUUAUGCUUGAGGUCGUUAGUGGGAUGAAGAACAAGGAACUCUCUAUCCCGCACCAAUUUGUUAACCUUCUUGGACAUGCAUGGGAAUUGUGGACUAAGGAGAGGGCUAUGGAGUUUGUAGAUAAAUCGCUUGGUGAUUCAGUUGUUGAAGCUCAAGUGUUGAGAUGCAUUCACAUAGGGCUUUUGUGUGUGCAAGAGAGACCAGAACACAGGCCUAACAUGUCAUCAGUAAUCCAUAUGCUCAAUGAUGAUAAGCCGCUUGCUCGGCCAAAGCAGCCAGCAUUUUAUCCUCACCAAGAAAGUAAUUCUUCAACUAAAACUAGUGAAAUGUGUUCAAAUAAUGAUAUUUCCAUCACACUGUUGGAGGCCAGAUAUAUAGCCCUGAGUCAGUCCAUCAGUGAUGGAGAGACAUUAAUUUCGCGCGGAGGAACCUUUGAAGUUGGCUUCUUUAAACCAGGAAACUCAAACAGCCAAUACUUCGGCAUCUGGUAUUAUAAUGUGUCCCCUUUAACAGUAGUAUGGGUGGCCAAUAGAGAAAAACCACUCAACAACACAUCUGGAAUUCUAAAAGUCACUGAUCAAGGACUUGUUCUUGUUAAUGGCAGCACCAACAGCACUGUGUGGUCCUCCAACAUGUCAAGAAAAUCAGCGAAUCGGAAUCUAGUUGCACAGAUCUUGGACUCAGGAAACCUUGUUGUUAAAGAUGGACAUGAUGAGAAGCAAAUUCUGUGGCAGAGCUUUGAUUAUCCCAGUGACACAUUCUUGCCAGGAAUGAAGCUUGGAUUGGAUCUUGUGACAGGCCUAGAGAGAUCUGUAUCAUCGUGGAAGAGCACUGAUGAUCCUAGCCGUGGAUACUACGAAGCUAAAAUAGACCGUAGAGGCUAUCCACAAGUAGUUAUAACAAACGGAACCGUUAUAAUGGUUAGAUUAGGACCAUGGACUGGUCUUACUUUCUCAGGGGCUACACUUUACUUGCGCUAUACUCAACUGUCAAAUGAAUUUGUAUUCAAUGAGAAAGAGAUAUUUUAUGAGUACAAUCUUUUGAAUAUAUCUAAUUUUGUGAGAAUUGUGGUGACAACUUGGGGGAAUCUUCAGUCUUUUCAUUGGUUAAGACAAACCGGCAGCUGGGAGACUCUUCUUUCAAUGCCGGCGACACAAUGUGAUAAGUAUGCAGUGUGUGGUGCAAAUUCUAUCUGUAGUGUCUUUAACACUGCAUUUCCAACCUGCGCAUGCCUGAAUGGAUUUGUACCAAAUUAUCCUGAAAAAUGGAAGCAAUCACAUUGGUCUGAUGGUUGUGUUAGGAUCACUCCAUUGAGCUGCAGCAAAGAUGGAUUUAAGAAGCUCACAAACAUGGUGCUGCCUGACACAUCUUCUUCCUGGUACAACAAGAGCAUGACCUUGCAAGAUGAGGAUUUGUGUCUGAAAAAUUGUUCUUGCACAGCAUAUGCUAAUUUGGAUAUCCGCGGCCGAGGAAGUGGGUGCUUAAUUUGGUUUCAUGAUCUCAUUGACAUGAAAGAAGGGGUAAAUGAACUUUAUAUCCGAACAACUAUUUCAGAUCUAGGUACACACUUUGGAACAAUGCUCUUGAAUUUUGAUAUCUCAGAAGAUAAUCAGAACAAUGAUUCCAGCAAGAAGAAGCUAGCAGGAAUCAUUGUUGGAUCCGCAUUGUUUGUCAUGUGCUUAGUACUUGGACUGGCAAUCUAUGUAUGGAGAAACAAACCUAAGAAGCCAGAAAUAUUCUGCUGGAAGCAACAUGCUUGCAAAACAGAAAAUGAGGAUGUUGAUCUUCCAAGCUUUGAGUUAUCAACCAUAGCUUCUGCCACUAAUCACUUCUCUAGUGGCAACAAAUUAGGUGAAGGUGGAUUUGGACCUGUGUACAAGGGUGUACUCGCAAAUGGGGUAGAGAUUGCUGUCAAGAGGCUUUCCAAGAAUUCUCAGCAAGGACUGCAGGAGUUCAAAACUGAAGUUCAGUUAAUUGCUAAACUUCAGCAUCGCAAUCUUGUAAAACUUCUUGGUUGUUGCAUUCAACAAAAAGAGAAGCUCUUGAUUUAUGAGUUCAUGCCCAAUAGGAGUUUGGACUACUUCAUUUUUGAUGAUUCUAGAAGAAAAUUAUUGGAUUGGGGCAAGCGAUUUCAAAUUAUUGGCGGGACAGCUCGAGGCCUAGUCUAUCUACAUCAAGACUCUAGGCUAAGAGUCAUUCAUAGAGACUUGAAAACGAGCAAUAUCCUUCUUGAUAAGGGUAUAGAUCCUAAAAUAUCAGACUUUGGCCUUGCUAGGACGUUUGGAGGAGAUCAAACUGUGGCGAAUACAAAGAGAGUCAUGGGAACUCAUGGUUAUAUCUCUCCGGAGUAUGCAGUGCGUGGUUCUUUCUCAAUGAAAUCCGAUGUGUUCAGCUUUGGUGUAAUCGUACUUGAGGUAGUGAGUGCGAAGAGGAACAGGGAAUUCUCAAUUCCACACCAAGAUCUGAACCUUCUUGGAUAUGCAUGGAAAUUGUGGAGUGAAGGAAGGUCUCUGGAGCUGGUAGAUGAAUCACUUGGUGAUUCAGUUGAUGAAGCUCAAGUGUUGAGAUGCAUUCACAUAGGGCUUUUGUGUGUGCAAGAGAGACCAGAAGACAGGCCUAACAUGUCAUCAGUAAUCCAUAUGCUCAAUGAUGAUAAGCCGCUUGCUCGACCAAAGCAGCCAGCAUUUUAUCCUCACCAAGAAAGUAGUUCUUCACUCAUAAACAAUGAAAUCUGUUCACAAAAUGAUGUUUCCAUCACAUUGUUAGAGGCAAGAUAG